AUGAAGACGAUAGGCGGCCUUGGGCCGGCCAUUAUCGGCGUCAUGCUUGGGCAGACGGUACUCGCCAUGAUCUUUGUUUUUCCCAGGAUGUAUACGAAGGCGCGGAUCAACCGAUCCCUGGGGUGGGACGACCACAUGGCGGCAUUCUCGUGGGUGAUGCUGUUGCUCUAUUCCGCAGUAUGCUCUUACGCGGCAACUGAGGGAUAUGGACGGCAUGCCCAAGUACUGGGUGGUGAACAAGCCGCUGUGGCCGCGAAGAUCACCAUCAUCGGCCAGACUUUCUGCAUCAUCGGCAUUGCGUCGAGCAAAGCCUCCGUUGCGUUUUUCUUGCUGCGCAUUGUCGUUUUCACAUGGCACCAAGUAGUCCUGUGGGUCUGUGUCGUCGCCGUGACCAUCAUCUGCGUUCUGUGCGCUUUGUUUGAUUUCAUACGCUGCGACCCCGUCGCCGCAGUCUGGAACCCCACGCUGAAGGCAGAUUGUUGGAUGGGCACCGAAGCAUUUACCGAUCUCUCUGUUGGUGUUGGAGUGACGUCUGUAAUAUGCGACUUUGUGCUGGCCCUUUUGCCUUGGGCAAUCCUUUGGAAUCUCAACAUGAAGAGAAAGGAGAAGAAACUGAUCGGCAUCUCCAUGAGCAUGGGAGUGUUUGCCGGAGCAUCUGGUAUCGCCCGUGCCAUCGAACUAAAACGCCUGUCCGGACGAUCCGACUAUACUUAUGAAAGUGUCAGUCCGAUCCUGUGGUCGUCUACCGAGCUCUGCAUCACCUUGUGUACCGCCUGCAUUCCAAUGCUCCGACCCCUCUACAACAAGAUUCGGGGCAAAAGCAGCACCGAUGGCUCCGAACCAUACAACAAAGCUGAGAGCGGAGGUACUCCCGCCGAGGGCAUAUCCCUUGACAACAUGGGAAACAGCAGCAACAAGCGUAGGAAAGGCUCGACCAAGAUGGGUCUUAAUGAGACGUCCAUUGGCGGCUCAGUCAUGGACACAUGGAUGGACCAGACCAAGCGCCAAGGAAGCGACGAAGACAUUCUGAUAAACCAAAGAAGUAACGGCAUAACUGUCAUAUCCGAGGUUGACACACAGUCAAAAAGAUCAGUAUCGGUCGCGGAAAGUGCGGCCGAACAUUCGAAGACGCAGGACACAAGAUAG